UUUAAUGGGAUGUUGUCACAAUUAAUGAUUAUCUAUCCACUUUGACAGCUAUUCACUUAAAAUAAUCUAAAUUAUUGAUUUUCGUACUAAAACUCAUUAAAACAGCGAUUGUCUAUUAAAAUAGUGAACAAUAAUGAAUUUGAACGAACCGAUUCGCAAUGCAGGUAGACCGGGGGCGGCUGCGUUCGAGAGAAGAAAACUGCCUUUAAUGGGGCCCCCAAAACAACGCGCGCCGAAAUCAAAGAGUGAUUUUUCGUCUAGUAAGUUUUCAGAGCUACCAUGGGGAAAAAGCCACGAAAGUUUAGUCCUCAACUCGUCUUCCAAUAAAAAAUCAACCUCGUCGAGGUCCACUACUGAUAUGGAAGAGGAUAAAGUAAUUGUAGCAUUAACUGAAGGGAGAGGCGAGGCAAGGUGUGAAGUGGGAAUCGCAGCAGUGAAUGUAUCCAGGCCAGUCUUAAUAUUGUGCCAGACAUCGGACUCACAAAGCUACAACAACACGCUGACAAAAUUGAACAUUUUUAAUCCGCAUUUGAUCAUUUACCCUGCAACAUUCGACACUGGGAAAGAAAACAGAUUGAUUGCAAAAAUUAGAAAGCAUUUUUCCAGUCGCCAACUAAUGACCAUUCCAAGGAAGGCCUUCAGUAAAGCUAAUGGACUUGAAAGAUUAUAUAAAAUUUGCAUCCAAAUAUCUUUUCCGUUGUUGAUUAUGAUCAAGAACCGAUACUACGCCUUGGCUGCGGCUUCUGGGCUUCUCACCUAUCUGCAAGACAAUAUGUUUAUUUAUUACGCCAGCAAUUCAAUUAAGUUGGAGUAUCAAACGUCGGAAGGCUACGCAAUUAUUGAUAUUGCUACGGCAGAUCGGCUAGAAUUGGUAUGUAGUAAUCAGCCUGCACAAGCCAACAGAUAUUCGAGCCUUCUUGGAAUAAUGAAUCGAUGCCUAACUAGAAUAGGUACUAGAAAUUUGCGUUCCAUUAUCUUGCAACCAUUAUAUUCGUCUGAGAAAAUAAAUGAGAGACUGGAUUGUGUCGAGGAAUUGAUUCGAAACCCUGGAAUAUUAUUAUCAGUGCAGGGGGUACUUCCAAAGUUAGCUAGCAUAGAUCAGCUUUUAUCCAUCGGUACUUUAGUUGCUGAUGACCCGCAAAGUUGCAACAAUCGGCAACUGAACUACCUACUUCUGUUAAACAGUGUUGUUGAGACAAUUCAGCCUCUUAAAGAGACGUUGAAAAAUGCGAUUCGUCCAUUUUUCAGUGAAUUAUCCGAACUCUUGAACCACCAGGAUUUUGACGUUAUUAAGAAUAUGCUGCGAGAAACCAUUCAUGAAUCGGCAUACUUUACAAAAGGGCAGCAAGCUGAACAGCAAAGAAUUUGGGCUAUUAAACCUGGCCUUAACGGACUUCUGGAUUUGGUGAGAAAAACAUAUUCGGAAAGAAUCGAAGAUAUGCGAGAGUAUAUCAAACGGCUAGGGCAAAAGUACGAUCUUCCUCUGGCUCUAGCAAACAAUAAUAAAAAGGGAUUUCACAUCACAAUGGCACUUAAUCAAAAUCAAAGGAAACGGAUGAAAUCUUCAGAUUUACCGCCUGAGUUCAUUCAGGUAUUUCGACUAGCUAAUAGUUUCACAAUGAAAACUGCUGAAUUAGUCAACUUAACAACAAGAAUUGAUGACAUAUUGACCGACUUGUUCUCAUUAAGUAAUAUUAUGAUCCACGAUAUAACUGUUAAAGUAAAGAAGUAUGCAGGACUGUUCUAUCAGUUGGUAGAAGGUAUCUCGUAUUUGGAUGUUUUGCAAUCUCUAGCUCAAGCCAGCUAUGCCAAUGGUUGGAUAAGGCCCAAGUUCGGAGAAUACACGAAUGUCGUAGAAGGGCACCAUCCCCUUCUCAAUUUUCUAUGUCAGAAAACCCCAAUUCCUAAUCCAGUUACUGCUUGCGAUCAUUACAAUAUGCACAUAAUAACUGGACCCAAUGGGGCGGGAAAAAGCAUAUUUAUCAGACAAGUAAUGUUGCUUCAAAUUAUGGCUCAAGCCGGGUGUUUUGUUCCUGCCGAAAGUGCCAUUUUUAGAACAGCAGAUAAAAUGUUUGCUAGAAUCUCCAACGAUGACGACAUGGAAAGCAGCGCGUCUUCAUUCGUUCUCGAGAUGAAUGAAGUAGACUACAUUUUAUCUACAAUGACUGAUCGUUCUUUAAUAAUUAUUGACGAACUCUGUAGGUCGACCUCUUUAGAAGAAGGAAUCUCUAUUGCAAUGUCAAUUUGUGAGUUUUUAGCCCAAUCACAGGCAUUUACCUUUGUUACCACUCAUUUCACGCUACUUACCAAGUUAGCUGAUUUAUAUUUCAAUAUCAAGGUCUGGCAAUUGCAAACAAUUCCUUCUGGUGAUACCAAUAACCCAAAAUCUAUAAAACUCGACUUUAAGUUCAAGCUUGCCCAAAAUGCUACAACUUUAAGGGAUUAUGGCAUCUACAUGGUGAGAGGCAUUUGGCCCCAAGAACUCAUGGAAAUGGUGGAUAAUUUGCAACGCCGACUAAAAAAGAAAUCUCAGGAUCCCAAAUUUCCUUCGAUUGACCGACGUGCCCGUUUAAGAUAUGACUUGAAUUGUAGAAUCCAAAAAUUGAAGCUACAAAAUAAAUUUUCCAUAUCAAAUCUGAACAAACUGAUUAACGAAUACAACGAAAACAGGCAGAAACUUGAUACCGACGUUACUCCAUAUUCCCCAAACAUGAUGGAAAUUCUUCAGCAAUCUGAAAAAGAAAAUCCGGUAGAGAUGAAUCACUCAAUUUUUGAUGGGUCUCAUAUACAGGAAACUUCUGCAAAUCAAAGAUUCUUUCUAGAAAAUAUGUCUAAAGGAAUUGGUAUUGCCAAUGAAAGCGAUAUUUAUCCAGAGGAAGCAAUUAAUUAUUCGCUUCAGAAUAUUGGAACAAUAAUGUGUACUCCGCUGGCGAGCCAUCCCAAUUCUCAGAAUUGCGGGACGGCAGCACAAGUGAAAACUCGUAUAGAACAAAUAUUUACACCUAAUACCAAGUUAGAUGUAUCAGAAAACGCAUCGAAUACAAAUAACUUGGAACUGGGAGCUAUCGUGAGCUACAGCCAAAGUAGUUUGGAUUUAACUCAAGACGCGUUAAUAUAUGAAACUAACGAAAACGCUGCUACGAAAAAAAAUGAUACAAAUAUAUUCAAUUGUAAUCGCAAUUCCGCAAACAUUUUGCAAGAACCCCAACAGAGCUUCUUAGGUUCUACUCCAACUUCCCAAUUAUCGUCGGGUGAUCUGUCCCAACAGCUUCAUAGAAUUAGACAAAACGAAGGUUAUGCGGCAGCAGUCGAAGCCUCUCCAUUUUUGCUUGCAACCGAGCCACCAAAAAGUAUUAUUUGCCAAGUUCCGCAAUCGCCAUACAUAACGGACUUUGCCAGUUUCUUGCAAGAUAAUACCAGAAGAACUUCGACCCCUAUAGUAACUCAGAACCAAAUUAAUGCCAGAAAUCUUGGAAACACUACUAGCACUUCGACGAUACCGAAUUCAUCAAUAUUUAAUGUGGGUACUAAUGUUGCGAAAGUGAUAACUCCAAAGUUCAAUCUCACUAUAAGAGGCAAUGUGGGAGACUUGGAUAUGAGUUCGAUAGUUGAAGAUUUUGUCUCUUUCGCCGAAGAAAUGGAUGCCAACGAAAUUGAAGAUCUAGGCAAUAAGAGUGAAGCUGUUAAACACGAACACAUUUAUCCAGAUAUUAAGAUUAGGGAUAGUCUCAUUUAUUCUAAAUCAGAAGAAGACUUCAAUUCAUUCAUUGAUCCUGGGCAAAUAAUCAAACCGACGUUGAAAGUUCCUAAAUCUCAAGUUACGACAACAGUAGAAUCUACAAAACGGCCGCCUAAACAGACUACCACUCACCAAGAAGAAGACGAAGUACUGAAAAGGAGUCAACCACAGGUCCACGAUAUUACCGAAUCCAUUGAAAAUACAGCUCGUAUGGAGAUAUUUUCAAAGAGUCUAAAUCCAAAAGUUAAAGAAAAAACACACGUUCAAGAGGAGAGCGUUAGUUCUCCAGAUGAAAUGCUACAAAGAAAAAUUGAACCGCUGGACAAACAGCCAAAAAGGAGAUUUAACAGAAGACUAAAAAAGAAACUGAUUAUAUCCACUAAGAAAAAUGAAAACAGGAAAAUGAGUCCCAAUAAACUGACUGCCGCUAUGAAAAGGCUAAUGAUAAACAAAAUUCUUAGUAACGAAAAGCGGAAAGCAAUAACUGGUAAGACCAUUGCAACUAACAGAUCGCGAUAUAAAUUAAAGUUGAAAAGACGCUCCCUUGUUGCGACUCAAGCAAAGAUAGAAACAGAAGUGAAUAGUUUGAAACAAGGAGAUAGUAAAGUUGUGACUUUAGAUAAAAAUGCAAAAGAUAUCGAAGGGUUUGAAAACCCGAAUAAUUGCAUUAUGGAAAAGUCUGAAGAAAAUCGUCAAAAUGCUGAUUCAUCUAUCAGCGAUUUAAGCUACUCUCCUUUGGUCUCUAGAACGUUUAAGGAAAUCAGCAACAAAGGAACUUUGGAAGAUAAGACAGAUGGUGCUAUAAAUCAGGCAAAUACUUCUGGGCAAUCAAAAAUGCGUGGAAAUCAACAUUUUGAAAGCAACAUAAAAAGUAGUGACGCUCUUACAGAUACAUCAGAAAUUGUUGAAUUAAUUGUAAGGGAAACUCCAUAUGAGAAAUCGAAGGUGAUGUUUGAUCAAGUUGAUACCAGCUCCAACCAAAAUGAAGCCGUAUCACAUCCAAGUUCACAAAAAAGCACUCAUUCUUGUGAUGCUGACUUCGAUCGUACCACGGAACCAUUCUUCUGCUCUGAAGCCCCACAACUUACUAUUCAUCAUACCAACCCUGAACAAGUUAAAGAUAAAAACCUAGAGUUCCAUGUUAGAGACAUCGAAAAUCAACAGCAAAUUAUAUCGGCCUCAGAAAGUAUUGCCGACGAAUUAAUCAAAGUUACUGAUAACGACAAUAAUAAUUCGAAUAUAAACAAACAGAUUGAGAGUGCAUCUUCAAAUGAGCAAGCUACUAAUGAAUCAAGCUCAAGUCUGAGAGAUGGUAUAACAGCCCGUACCAUAGAAGAAUACAAAGACGCAUUGGAAAAACAGCGCAAAUGUAAAAAAAAUUAUGAAAAUCACUCGCCGCCUGAUACCAGUUUAAACCAUACCAGUUUAAACGACCUAAAAGCUGGAAACAAGCGACCAAUCCAAUCCGAUCAAGAAAACUUGGUGAAAAAGGUUAAACUAUCGUUAGCAAAUGAACACGCACCUUCAAUUGGAAGUAAUUCAUCGGAAGCUAAAGGAAAACAUUGCGAUUCAACGAGUAUAUCUGAAGCUUCAAAGCUGCGCAAUUUAGAUGGAGAUUUCAGCAGCAGUUCCAGCGGAGUGAAAAUUGGCGAUUUAGCAGUUCACAUCCCUACUGUGGAGAAUUCGGUGUCUGAAACAACUGAUGCAAGCCCUUUGACGACUUCAAACGAAAUAAAUUUGAAAAAAGCCGAUAGAAAGACUGCAAACCAACAUAUAGAACGUGCACCGUCGAGGAAAAGGAUAACGAAAUUUACUCCUCCUUUGAAGAAGACACUACUUACAAAAAAGGGUACAAACGCACAUAGCGCUUCUUUCGAGAAAAGAGAAAACGUGAAGAAGAGGUUAUCAAAUAGCGACUCUACUAUAAGCGAAACAUCAAAGCCCCUGUUCCGAUAUCCUUCUAAGCUAAGCCAAAAAGCCAUACGACAGGAAUUUUUGGAACAGGACAAAAAGUUUUUCGAUUUCAGUAGUAGUUCCAGCGAUCUAACAAAAAUGUGGGAAGAGAGGUUGAAAAGGCCUGCACGGCCUACCCCUAAACAAAUACAACAGACGACUUGUUUGGCUACUAUAAAAAAAACAAAGGACGGAUUACAGGUUAUUCCAGCGCCAAAACAAGAAGCCACAGUCCGAAAGAGGAGCUUGCAAAAAACAGCAUCGUUCCAAAGCAGCAAUUCAGUGAACAUGAAUAUAUUUAGCGAUCAAAAUGCUGAAACGUUUGAUCAAUUUAUCAAGUCAGAUCAUAACGACUAUACAAGAUUUAAUUUCAAAUUUGGUCAAUCGCAUCAGGCGGAAAAUGCGGAGGGUGGCAAUAUGUUUGAUUUCAAACAGGUAAACAAAGUUUCUUCCGAAUAUACCCACAGCAGCCAAUCGUGGACUUUCGUUCGGAAACGCUCGAACGAAUCUAAUUGGAACACUCAAUUUGGUAAGGAUACCAAUUUGAUCCCUUCUGCUACAACAGCAAUGGAUUUUUCUCUAACGCCAGACGGAUUUUACAAACACAACAAAUCAGAUAUCCAAAACUUACUAAAGAAAUAUCAGUGAAAAUAUCGUUUUAAUCAAUAAUAAAAAUAAUUAUGAUAUAAAAUAGAUUUAAUAAGCCUUUAAAAAUGUUUUAUUAGUUACUUGAGUUAUCAAAUAAAUUAAAUAUAA